AUGCAAAAUUCAUGGGAAAAAAAUGAUACCUUUUACAGUGACGACAAAAUGCAGGUGCCUUAUCAGGAUGGCUAUACUACUGCCCCUACCAACACCUAUUCACCACCUGAUGCAAUGAGCAUGGCAGGAAGAAAAUCGCUUGGUGGUGCAUACUCUGUGGAUGGCAGCAUUGGUCAACUUGGCUAUGCUCCACCGUCCUUUAGCAGCCAAACAAUCUUGCCAGACGGAAGUACAUUGCCUGUAAAACCUAAUUUUCCACGUCUUUGCAUAAGAAUUUGGCAGCUCAUCGCAUCUGCAGCAACAUUUGCUUUUCAAGCUGGCGCACCUGCGUUUGCAGGAAAGGGAUUUCCGUUCGAACCAGCGCUACUUUACUUUGUAUUCGGAGUCUCCAGUGUAUCGUUUAUGUGGAGCUCCUUUUUAAUAUACGUGUACCUUACCAGGCGCUACGGGAAAGGUGGUAAGGUUAAGCGGCCGGUAUUAUGUAUUGGAGAUACCUUCAUUACUAUCUGUCUCGGUGUCGGUGUCUUUUUUGAGAUUUCAAAGUAUCCUUGCACUCCAGGGACUCUGGACGGCAUGUGUGAUAUGCUCAAUACUGGUAUCUUCUUCGGUGUAACUGUUUUCACCGUUUCCACUGUGGCUACACUGUGGGAUAUUUUUGGUUCCAUGGAGAGUAUCAGAAAUUGA